CUCUAGUACAGCAGAAUUCUCCAGGUACGAUGAUGACGGGGUUGGUCAGAUCAGGUCGUUGCCGGUGAAGAGGAUCAAAAUGGUCGAGGCCCUGAUCAAUCUCGCGAGAGCAGCCCACACCUCUAAAGGAGCCAGAAGGCAGCCACCGGCAAGACUUUCGUUUGCCUCUUCCAUAGCGGUUGUCAGGAACUAUGGCAAAGAGUUCUCUGCUUCGUCUUCAUCAAUCACCGUGCCAGAGGAAGAAAUGCAGAGUCCGGAGACAGUGGUACCCAUGGGCUAUGCAGAGGCUAAAUGGGUAUGUGAACGUUUGCUCGGCCAUGUUGGUCGCCACUUCCCAGACGAAAUUGAGCCUAUUAUUGUACGAAUUGGCCAACUUUGUGGGCCGGAGGCAUCGCCGGGAAUAUGGAAGUCGUCGGAGUAUAUUCCGGCAUUAUUGAAGGCGAGUAAUCUCAUUGAAGCCAUGCCUCAACUUGAAGGAGUGCUGUUUACUGACAUAUCGUACGAAAUAUCUUGGUUGCCAGUCGAUCGAGCCAGUCGCUCUUUGAUCGACAUUCUAUUCCAGCACGAUAAGGUACCUUUGGUGCUACAUGUCGAGAACCCCGUGCAGCAAAAUGCAGAUAGCAUCAUGAACACACUGGUAGAUGCGCUAGGCCUCUCUCCUGACAGGAAGAUGCCCUACCAGGAAUGGCUCCGUAAGGUAUUAAGUCUAGGUGUAUUCGACUCCCUAAUCGAUUUCCUCACCAACGAUUUCCAAGACUUAGCUCUUGGAGAGAUUCGACUAGAUACGAAGAAAGCAAUAUACUACUCAAAGACAUUGCAAGAGUCGCAGGGUGUCAAUAACGACGUAUUGAUAGAAUACAUCAGGCGGGGGGAGAAACAGGGAAUGUUUACAAAAGCUGCGCAAUAGCCUUGAGCUAGGCACUCACCAUCACUUAUACAUGUAGACAUUCCC